AAGCUCGAUCGGCGAGGCGGCGGAUUCACCUACCCGCGAACCCGGAGUCCGAUUCGGCGGCCCCCCCGCCCCCGGCGACGGCCUCCGAUCGCCGCCGCCUCCUCCUCCUCGACCUCGGCCCUCCUCCGCCGCCGCCGGGGUUCCUCCGUUUCUCCCCGCAGGGAAUUAAGAGACUCAAGUAGAAUCUGAAUUCGGCAAGGAUAUGUAUAAUGAUGUGACGAGUUAAGCAGCUGUUUGACAGGCAGUAAGUGCACUAUGUUAGGUCCUGGCAAUAAUUCUGGCAAGGGCAGUAAUACAUCUCCAUUGGAAGUGCCUCCCUUGCCCCAAUGUUUGUCACUGGAGCCAAUUACGUUAGGCAAUCAGAAACAUGUGCGAUCGGGAGAGCUCAGGAGGGUCCUUGCUUUACCUCUUGGCAGUACAUCAGAGGGGCAUUCAUUCGGAGUGAACCAGCCUAAGCCUUCUGCUGUCAUGGCAAAUAAGGAGCUAAAGCAUAUCAAAGAAAGUGUUAAAGAUGCCUCGAGAAAAGCAGAGGACAGAGCAAAGAUGUUCCAGGAGUCCAUCUCUAAGCUGGACAAGUACAUGGAAAACCUGAGCUCAAAGAAGCGACAAAGGACUGAUAUCUUAUCCGUGGAGAGGUCUGGGGUUGACCUGGAAAAGGUGAAAAGUCAAUUUCGUGGAAGCCCUCGUGACAUGGUCAAUGCAAGGCUGGAGCAGAGGUCUAAAAAUGUUGGAUUGGUUAAGCGUGUCCGUACUUCAGUGGCAGAUAUGCGGGCUGAUACCAAGUCCAUUUCUGCCUCAAGGCAGCCGGCACUGGUGGAAAGAAAUGAAGAAAAGGUCCAGGUUGGUAAUGGUCUUUUAGUUCGAAGUGAAGAAAAGAUCCGCCGGGUGGCUGCUGCAGGUGAGAGUUGGGAAAGGAAAAUUAAGAGGAAGCGAUCUGUAAGUGCUGUAGGCAACAGAACUCUACAUGGUGAUGGAGAUCCAAAGCAAGUUAUGCAGUCUAAACUGCCUGCUGAUUCCAAGUUGCGACCUGGUGAUGGUCCCCCUUUCAGGUCAAAAACUUCUAAUGGUGCGGGCGGAACAAACAAGUUGAUCAGCCGGGUUGAGUCUCCUGGUUCAAAUGCCUGCGCAGUUCUCAAGAAUGAGCUGGAGAUAGCCCCUUCACCAAGGGAUGGUACUGAUUUGUUUGAGCAGAGGGUUUUACUGAAGGGAAACAAGUUGACGAGGCUCUUAAUUGCCACUAACCGGAGGGCCUCUUUCAGGUCAAAGUUUGAGGAGUGUGAUCUGGCUAGCGGUUCUAGUUCAUUGAUUAAAGGAAAGGCCUCCCGAGCACAACGAACGGGUUCACUUAUGGUGCUUGAUUCAUCUCCUAGCAUUCAUCCUUCACCUGGAGCUCCUGAAGAUUGGGAACCACCUCCAAAGCCAAAUAAAAUUAUGGCAGCUGGCAUCACAAAUGAUAAAAAGCAUACUGUGUCUCCCGGUGCAACUUCACAACCAAUGGCACAGUGGGUCGGGCAGAGACCCCAUAAAAAAUCACGCCUUCGAAGGGCAAACCUAGUCUCUCCUGUUGUGAAUCCUGCUGACAAGACGCAGAACCUAGUUCAAGGCUUUGUGACACCAGAGCCCAAUCGUAGAAUUACUGCAACUGGAAACAGUGGAUCUUUGAUUGGGCGCAUAUCAGUUAAUGGCAACAUAAAGAUCAAGAAGGAACCUGACAUUUCAUCGCCAUUUGGUGUGCCUGACAGUGAAGAAUCAGAAGCUUGGGAAAACGGACUGAAAGAAAAAGGAAUGGAUGGUGGUGAAGUUUCUGCAUCUCAUAGUGCUGGGGCUAAUGUUUUGCCUGUGAAGAAGGGUAAAGUCCUUUAUGAUGGAGGAUUGAGAAAACAAGGGAGGAGUGGAAGAGGUUUAUCUUUGACAAAGUCAAGCGUUCCAACACGGGAGAGGAUGGAGGACUUAAUAGCAACGAAACCACCUCAAAGUGUGAGGCUCAGUUCAGAUAGAAACAAAAGUAAGUCAGGCCGACCUUCUUCGAAGAAAUUGAAAGAUAAGAAGGCUGUGGCUCGGGUUGGGUUGGUGCUAAAUGCCGGCUCUUCCGAUAUUUCCGGUGAAAUGGAUGAUGAUUUUGAAACUUUACUUGCUGCUGUGAAUUCUGCUCGAAAUGCUUUCAAUAUCGCAUUUGUUAGUGCACUUUGGAAGAAAAUGAAACAUGUUUUUGCUUUUGUGAGUCCUGAAGACGAGUCCUACUUAAAGCAACAGCUCAAUCGCACUGAGGAGCUUCAUGAGAGUUUGUCGUUCGUUAUCAAUCAUGAUGCUUUGGGCGCAGUCGUUCACAAAGAAGAUUCUGAUCGUCCUGGUGGACGAGAAGGGAACCAUAUGGAUGAGGAAGCAUCUCAGAAUGCUAUAUUAUCUGGCAGAUUUGACAUUGGGAGUUUGGACAAGGUUACUCCGUUGUAUCAGAGAAUACUUUCUGCUCUAAUUGAGGAUGAAAGCGAAGAACUCUACCAUCACAACGAAGGCAAAAAUUUGUCUCUACAGAGCGUGAGCGAUGAUUCUCAUUGUGGUUCAUGUAACCAGAUAGACAUAGAGUCCAGAGAAAAGGAUAGGAUGGAAUCUGAAGUCGAGUCAGCUAUGGAUUUAUGGAAUCAGAAAGUUAACGUUUUGGACAGAUUUUCUGCUGAUAAAAGUGCUGCCUCUAGCACAGUUAGGAAUUCAAGCAUGUCGACUUCUGUUUACAGCAACGAGCAUUCGUUUGGAGAUGAUGAAUACUCCCAUUCAGAUGCAGCCAUUGUCAGUGAAAUUUGUUCAGAUGAUAUGGGACAGCUGCCAAAGAAGGAAUUUAAUAUCUCUGCCUUUCCUUACCAUGAUGGUCCAUAUCAAUUGAUGUCUCUCGAUGACAGGCUUCUGCUUGAGCUAAGGAGUAUUGACAUACAUCCAGAAAUAUUGCCUGAUCUAGCAGAUGACGUGGAGGUGAUUAAUCAAGAUAUUGCAGAACUGAGGGAAGGGCUAUACCAGCAGAUUGUGAGAAAAAGGGCGAACUUGGAGAAAGUGGAUAAAGCUAUAAUGUGUGGAGAAGAUGUGGAAAGACGGAAAGUUGAACUAGAAGAGAUUGCUAUGCAACGACUUGUUGAGAUGGCCUACAGGAAAAGAAUGGCUUGUCGGGGCACCAGUGCUUCAAAAGCUUCAGUCCGCAAGGUUUCAAAGCAGGUUGCAUUGGCUUUUAUCAAGCGCACACUUGCAAGAUAUCAAAAGUACGAAGAUACGGGAAUUAGUUGCUUUUGCGAGCCUGGACUGCAGGAAAUCCUUUUCGCACCGCUGUCUAGCAGUAAUGAUGCAAAAUCUGUUGAAUGUGUCGGCUCAGGAACGGCAAGCAAUACGUGCAUCGAUGUUCCGAAUCCUCAAGCAGAAGCUAGGGGAUCAGGUGCCGUCUCCAGUACUUUUGAAAGGUAUGAUUCUCAUGGGAAGAAGAAGGAAAUGCUAAUUGAUGAUGUCAUGGGGUGUGCUUCCUCAAAAGUAACAUCGAUCAACAGCUCCAUGCUUGGCGAAACAAGGGGUAUGAGAGGUGAGAGGCAGAGGAAUACGAAUGUUUCUACUCUAUCUGCAGGGGCUGGUGAACAAUCACUCCAAAGCCCCAGGGUUGAAUGCAAAUCCAAAGCGAAACCGAAGCAGAAGGCCAGUGAUCAUCCGACUUCAAGAGUAAGGCCUGGGAACGGAUUUCCAGCAUCGGCAAAUGCCUCUAGUCACGCGAUUAACGGAUCACUUGGUCAAUCGAAGGCGGGUAAUAAUGCACGAGCAGGCUCGACUAAUGACGUGGAUGAGCCCAUCGAUUUGGCGAAUCUCGGGCUCGGUGGGAAUCAAGAUCUCAGUUCGUUUUUGGACUUCGACAUGGAUGGGAUGCAAGAUCAUGAUUCUGUUGGUGUUGGUCUCGAAGUACCACCAUGGGACGAGUUCGCAUUCGAUUUCUAAACCGGGAUGCCGUGCAAGAUUUUGACUUCAUUAUUCUGCAAAUGCUAGUAGAGCUGGGGGUGUGACCUAUACAGUGUUGUGUUCUUUCCAUGAUUGAUUAAGGGUGCAGUCUGUAGAGUUAGGCCAAGAAAUUUGAAAAGAUCCUACAUUUACCAGACUGUUGGGAAGCAAGCAGAGUCAGAAUUGUCAUUGUAAUUCUUUGUUGUACACUAAAUUCCCAGUAGCAAAGAAUUUUGCCUAUCCAAA